GCGAGCGAGCGAGCGAGGUGGAUUCGGUAGCCACCGAGAGGCGUCGAACAAGGCGGAGGUCGCUGCGAUGGUGUCAGGGUCGGGUCUGUGCGCGAAGCGUGUGGUGGUGGACGCGCGCCACCACAUGCUGGGGCGGCUGGCUUCCAUCUUGGCUAAGGAGCUUCUCAACGGGCAGCGCGUGGUGGUCGUCCGCUGCGAGGAGAUCUGCCUCUCCGGAGGUCUUGUCCGCCAGAAGAUGAAGUACCUCCGCUUCCUCCGCAAGCGCAUGAACACCAAGCCGUCCCACGGCCCCAUCCACUUCCGCGCCCCCGCCAAGAUCCUCUGGCGCACCAUCCGUGGGAUGAUUCCUCACAAGACUAAGCGUGGGGCCGCGGCGCUGGCAAGGCUUAAGGCGUAUGAGGGGGUGCCUCCACCAUAUGAUAAGAUGAAGAGGAUGGUUAUUCCUGAUGCCCUCAAGGUGUUGAGGCUUCAGCCUGGGCAUAGGUACUGCUUGCUAGGUCGUCUCUCAUCAGAGGUUGGAUGGAAUUACUACGACACUGUUAAGGUGCUGGAGGAGAAGAGGAAAGAAAGAGCCAAGGUGGCUUAUGAGAGGAGAAAGCAGCUUACAAAGCUGAAGUUGAAAGCAGAAAAGGCUGUUGAGGAGAAGCUUGGUCCGCAGCUUGACAUCCUUGGGCCAUUGAAAUACUGAGUUGAUUAUAUUGCUUUUAUCAGAACAUUAGUUGCCUUUUUGUCAUGUUUGUUUGGUCAUUGAGUUUACCAUGUUUUCUUAGUGUUAUUGUGAACAUCAUAAAUCUUGGAAUUGAGCUUAUUUUGAAAGGAAAUUAAUUGUAAGCGCUUGUAUUGA